AUGAGCGAAAAAGAGUCACCAUCUCCGCAACAUAAAAAAGAUGAGGUGGUGGAUGAUACGGAACAAGAAACAAAAGAUUCUGAAGAUGAUGCUACCAAAAAGAUGAAGAUCAAAGAAGGCUCAAAGUUCACCAUGAACAGUAUUCUAUCCCCGUUGGAGAGCUUAGCUCGUGUACAGCAACAACUACUCAAAAUGGCUGCCGCACAGUCCGGAUUCGGUGGAAAUGGAUCUGGAGGAAACGGAGCCAAUGGCUUCCCGUAUCCGGCUAGAUUUGCAACUAAUUGUUUCAGUGGUCCUUUUCCUGGAUACAAUGGAUCACAGAAUUGGUAUAAUGGAAAUGAUGCGAGAUUUGCCGCGGCUGCAGCUUUGCUUCCUUGUGCUAUUGAUCCUGUACGAUCUGCAAUCAAUCACCAAUUUUCAAUGAGCCAAAGAAGAAAACGAAGAGUUUUGUUUAGUCAAGCACAAGUUUAUGAAUUGGAACGGAGGUUCAAGCAGGCUAAAUAUUUGACAGCUCCUGAAAGAGAGCAACUUGCCAAUUCGAUUCGUUUGACACCUACACAGGUCAAAAUCUGGUUUCAAAACCAUCGAUACAAAUGUAAACGUCAAGAGAAGGAAAAAGCAAUGAGUGGUUUGGGACAUGGUGACGAUGGAUGUUCUCCUCCUCCAGGUGAUGAUGACGAUGAUGAUGAUAAGUAUUCAAUUGAAAUGGAUGAUAAGGAUGAUGAGGAAGAAGACGGUGCAAAACCAAUGCUGAAAUCAAAUGGGGUAUUUGGGCUACCGUAUCCCAGCCCUGCAAACGCCGCAGCAGCCGCUGCCGCUGCCGCCUUCAAUUUUCAAUUCGGAGCUCAAGGACCAAAUCCAGCAUAUUUCAUGCGUUGGUGA